AUGGUCAUGAUGCGCUCCAACAGCAUCUCAUCCAUCUCAUCUCUGGCCUCACGCUGCUCGUCAGCAGAGCCCGAGUCCACCAUGCAAAUCUUCAUCAAGAACAUUGCCGGCAACAGUAAGUUCUCCGGAUGGUAUAUAACCACCUCACGUGCUUACCAUUUACAGCCUNUUGCCCUCGAAGUACCCGAAUCCACUUCGAUAGCGACGCUCUCAUCUCUUCUCGCCAUUCGCACGAAUCUCCCCGCUCAGGAUAUGCGCCUUGUGUAUGCUGGCAAGCACCUUGAUACCUCGUCAAACACAUUGUCGGACUACAACAUUGGCCGAGAAAGCACACUGCACUUGGCACUCCCGUUGCGAGGCGGAGCACCCAAGAAGAUCCGCUGUCAAUUCAAGGAUUGCAAGGAUGCAGCCCAGCGUAUCGUCGGAGACUGCGGUUUCUGCAACGGUCAUUUCUGUGGCAAGCACCGCAUGCUCGAAAGUCAUGCCUGCAGUGGACUCGAGACAUGCAAGGAGGAAGAGAAGCAGCGCAACCGCGAGCGCCUCGAGAAGGAGAGAACCGUUGCCAUCAAGGGCAUCUAA